ACUCGUGCGUUGUGAAGGGAUGUGGUGCCAACACCACGUGUGUCAAGGGCAAGCGUGACCUGGCAUUAUGCAUCUGCAAUCAGGGCUUCAGAAAUGUGUCCGGGGAAUGCAUUGAUGUAUGCGAACUCUGUGAUUCCCAUGCUACAUGUGAGACGGACCAGCGAAGUGGAGAUAAAACCUGCCGUUGCAACGACGGUUACUACAUGCUACCGAAUAACACCUGUGCUGCAACAUGCAUCGCCACGGGCUGUGACUUGGGUUCUAGCUGCGUUGGAGACGUUGCUCAAGACAUGUAUUGCGCUGAUAAUUGCAAUUUCAAGGGAUGCCACGACUCGGCUAUGUGUGUCAAGGACGCUGUAUCUGGAAAGGCAUCCUGCCAGUGCAGCGCAGGCUUCACCAUGCAAUCUGAUGGAAGUUGCAAAGAUGACUGCGAGAGUAAGGCCUGUGGUGAGCGAGGAGUGUGCGAGCAUGACCCUGUCACUUUGGAAGCCACCUGCAUUUGCUUUAUGGACGGCACCGUCUUGCUGCCAAAUGGGACUUGCAUCGAUAAGUGCUGGGCAAGGUGGUGCUGGCCCCCAUCCGUUUGUCGUGACGAUAUUACCUGCACAUGUGGCGACAACAUGAUUGGCGAGCCUGGAUCUUGUCUCAUGACAUGCGAUCACCCAGACGUGAAUUGCAGCUUUGAAGAAGAAUGUAUACCUCAAAGCAUCGAGAAGCGGACCCAUGCUAAAUGCGUGUGCAAGGAUGGAUACCUUCGCACACACUCAGGCAUUUGUGCCC